AUGGCAACGCAGGUCCCAAUCGAACCCCGCAAGCUAAGGCGAACAGCGAAUGCAUGCGUUGCUUGCCGUCAGAGCAAAAUCAAGUGCUCCGGCAAAGAGCCGUGCGCCAACUGCCAACGUCGUGCUCUGAAAUGCCGAUACGUGGAAGGAAGCAACAAGAUCACAGUGACGGAAAGUUACCUACAGCAACUGCGACGCCAGGCGAAAGCGCACCAGAGUCCAACGAGCAUCAAACGUUCUGCUGAUAUAGCCUUUGGCCCUGCAGUCGAGGCCGACGAUGUGUCCGAAGAGCUGGUUUAUCCUCCGAUAGAGGAACCAACUUUACCCCCGAAAACGAUUGACCAUGCACGCAGCAUCUGGACAAGCCCGUUUACUUUACCCUCGAGAACCAUCAAGAAUACAUAUAAGAAUAAACGUAACUGGAUUUGGCUAGCCCCUACAUCAGUGUGGUCGUUUACGGCGCGGCUUAGCGUGAUGUUGUCCGAGAAACUGCAACUUGAAUCUCCCUAUACAACACCGAGCCAGCUCGACCAAGAUAUAUAUCCGCUACACUGGAAGCAGGCGACAGCUGAAGGACCUCCCGACAUUAGUGGCUUGCCCUCAGUCGACCACGCGCUUUAUCUAUUCAACACAGUUAAAUUUCAUCUUGGUGUGAAAUAUCGCUUCUUUGAGGAACGUACUUUCUUGGAGCAUAUUCACGAAUUUUACUACGGAAAUUCCGCGGAGAAGGCUACUAGAUCUCGCCUUUGGUUUGUCCAGUUUCUACUGGUUCUGGCGUUUGGAAAUGCAUUUCUCUUGCAGUCAAGGAAUGCAAAGGAUCCACCCGGCUCCAAGUUCUUUGUGCGGGCAAUGGCGCUUAUGCCAGACCACGCCUCCCUCUGGAAAGACAGCCUAUUAGCAAGUGAGACACUGGCGCUGGCUGGGCUCUACUUAUAUUGUAUUGAUCAUCGAGAGUCAGCGCACGUAUAUGUCGGUCAAGCGAUACGAAUAGCUCAAUUGGAAGGUUUGCAUACCGAGCUUCCCGAAGAUGAGCUAGGUGCAGCGACGGUCACUCGGUGUCGCAAUCUCUGGUGGACCUUAUAUAUCAUGGAUCGCCAUCUCUCCUCAUCGUUAGGGCUACCAAUGACAACGCAGGAUAGCGACAUAACUACUUUAAUAGACUCACCGAGCACAUGCUCACAGCGAGAUGUUACACUCAGUCUGCAGGUCAGACUAUCACGUUUGCUCUCUUCUAUAUUGACCUCAAUUUACAAGAACGAGAAAACGCAACUGGGAACUUUCUUGGAGACGACCAGAUCUAUCUUGCAUACAAUGGCUGGUCACGCGCAAGAAAUUGAAAAUAUCAUUCACAUGAAGGUUCAAAAUUCGGUAGAUACGAUGCCCAAAGGAACACGGCAUAUAACCUUGCUAUACCACCAGUGUGUUAUUGUUGCCACACGACCUCUCCUCCUCUCUGUGCUCAAGGAAAGACUAGACAAGCUCGAUCAUGGAGAGGAAGACUGGCAGAGCUUUUUGGCUCCUACCAAGAGCCUAAUUUCAACGGGGAUCAAGUCAGCGGCAAAGACGCUGCAGAUUCUGACGGAUGAAGACAGCCUCCUCGAGGUAUUUCUUCCAUUUGACCUCGAAUUCACUUUCGGAGCUGCGAUCCAUUUAGCCAUGGCAAACAUACUGUUUCCGCAUUCGGUUGAAGGUCAAACAUACAAUGAGGAGGUACAUGCGAUCCUUGACGAGAUGAUCUACAAAGGCAACAGGCUAGCCGCGGUUCGUAAAGGCGAACUCGCACAUCUAGAAGCACUUUUCAAGGAUCUCGCAACACGGAUCGAGCAGCGUGGAUUGCAGACUUUAACAUUGUCCAGUCCGACGGAGAACGAGCCGCCCAUAUCCUGCGACGAGGAAUAUCAGGUAGGGGAGCCAAUGCUGCAGACUGAGCCAAUCGACUUGUCGCUGGUUGGAGACCCAAGCGCUUCGCCUGACGUCCUUCCUCACACGACCAGUGACAUAGAGUUCCUUGACAACAUCGGGAUCUCGUCGUACGAGUUUUUCACCAUCGUCAACCAGAUUGGCAACUCGGACAACUAUAGCCUACUGGAUCCUGCGCAAGCUUGGUGA